AUGCGCUGUUUGUCGUUGGCAGUGUUGCUCGGCUCGUUUGCCUCCACGGCUCCUUUCCUUUUUGACCUGCCUUUGCUCGGAGGCGGUCGUCCAGCUGGAGGCUGCUGUUGUCCAGCUCCACCGCCGCCAUGUGGAGGACCUGCCUACGUACCGCCGCCUGUCUACGAAGCUCCGCCGCCGCCACCACCGCCAGCUUACGUUCCUCCUCCUGGAUAUAGCAUUGGAAUCCGCAGAAAACGGUUCAAUUUUUUUUAACAGGAAUAAGAUGAGUAAAAAAAAUUCAAAAAAAAAAUCUUUCAGAGUAGGUUUGCGGAGCGGUUCAUAUAUUUUUUUUUUCAAAACCCUUCUAAUAAAUUAUCAUUAACUAUGAGAUUAGAACUAUCCGACUAAUUUGAAGAAGCUAGGAUUGCGACUAUAGUCAUUAAACUUAGUUUUCAUGAUAGUUACGAAUCUUGUCUCAAAAGUUGCCGAGGAGAUCAUUGAUCAAUGCUAUUUUUCGGUCAAAUUUUUUCAUGAUUCAGCUCGUUUUUGGAUAGCGGCAGAGGUCUUUUUCAUCAAGCAAAGAGAUUCGUUAGGACGAAAAAUGAUAAAAAGAUGAUCGAGUUUUAGGACACUUAUAUUUUUUCAAAAGAGACUAUUUAUAAUUUUCGAUUAAAAAUCCGGAACCAGGGUGAGAAAAAAACUGAUCUAAUAAACUAGUCUCGUUGAAAAGGGAACUCAUAUAAGGUCUAGGUGUCGUCGAAACUCAAAUGUGAUCAAUAAUACCUUUCAGUGAAACUGUUUCGGGGGAGCUCGAAGCUUCCAGCAGCGAUCUUCUCUGCAACAGCCCUACUGUCAAGAAUAUUAUCACAAAGGUCAGUGAGAAUCUCAAACAAAAACAAAAUUUAUAUAAAAACGACACAGACGCAGAAAAAAUUUCGCGCGUAAACGUGCUUUUUCUCAUUGUAUUUUUCGAAAAUUCUCAUUUAGGCGAUGAGCGAAGACGCUAAGGCUUCACGAGAAAAGAUCCACCGUCUGCUCUCCGACGAACUCAGCAGACAUCUGGUCGUCGUUUGCUCUUCUGAACCUUUUGAAUUCACCGCAACCCACGACUCAGAGUUCUGCGCUGUCAAAAAUGGACACUUCACCUGUUCCGCCUUUGUUUUCUAA